AUGCCGACAGCAGCAGGGGGCCCCUGUGGGGCCCCAAAGGCAGCGAAGGCAGCAGCAGUCAAGGGGGGACAGGUCCCUUCUGCUGCUGCUGCUGCUGCUGCUGCUGCUGCUGCCGCUGCAAACAAUUUCCAAAAGCCCUCGAAGAACAGCAACUCCAAAAACAGCAGCAGCAGCAACAACAAUAACAUCAACAACACCUGCAGCAGCAGCAUCAUAAGGAUCUGCAGCAGCUGCAACGCGAACAGCAGUUGCAGCAGGAGCAGCACCAGCAGCAUCAGCAGCAUCAGGAUCAGCAGGAGCAGCAGCAACAGCAAGAUGCCGGUAGAAAUUGUGGGUCUGUUAGGUGCAGCCUCUUCGCUGUUGGCGGGAGGUAAAGCUGCUGCAGCAGCAGCACUUGCUGCUGGCAGCACCAAGCCCGCAGCAGCAGCAGGUGUCUCCUUCUUAAAGGCCGGGGGCCUUGGCCAUUUGCUGCAUGCAAAGGGGACUGCUGCUGCUGCUGCUGCAGUAGACGGCACAGCAGGGGGAUGUCAGCUGCUGGCGAGCGCAGUGCAGCACAGCAGCAGCGCAGCAGGGACCUCUCCCCCAAUCGGGGGGGCAGCAGCAGCAGCAGCAGCAACAACAACGGCUUCCGCUGGCGGCAGCAGCACCGCGCCUCCUGCUGCAGUAGCCCUCUCAGCGAAGUCUGCUUCUGCUGCAGCAGCAGCAGCAUCUAAGGGGCACUACUUGGGGCUUCCUAAGGCAUCUGCUGCUGCUUCAGCAGCAAAAGGCUCUGUACAUCCCCCUGCAUCAUCUGGGGCCCUUGGAAGGACCCGGAUGGGGGGGGCCCCCACUAGGGGCCCCCCUGCACAUACACCGCAGCGUCCAGGGGUUGGUGCUGCUGCGCCGCAUGCAGUCGCCGGUGGAAGAGGGGGCCCCCAGGCGCGGCAGGUACAGGGGGCCCCCCCUGGUGGGGGGGCCCCUGGGGGGGCCCCUGUAUCUGGGGGGCCCCUACCUGGGGAGAAGAGUGUAACUGUUACAAGAGACUUCGCUGAAAGAACUCCUUCAGGAGUAAUGCAUCAUAUAACGCGAACAACAACAGAAUCUAUGGAUACACUAGAGCCGCAGCAACUGCUGCAGCUGCUGCUUCCAGCAGCACUCUUCAGCUCAACAGGGGGGGCCCCAGGGGGCCCCGGGUGUACGGGAGGGCCCCUGGGGGGCCCCCCAAGAGAUAGGAAGCUUGUUAAAAUGCACGGUCAAGAAGACACAGACACAGAAAGCUACAGCGGGAUAACUGCGGCGCCGCAGCAACAGCAGCAGCAACAGCAGCAGCAGCAACAGCAGCAACAGCAGCAGCAGGAUGUGCUCGGCGGCAUUGACAGGAAACGGAGAGUCCGGCGCAGCAGCAUCGCUAGCAGAGCAGGUAGCUAUGGGGCCUUUCUGUGA